AUGGAUUCUUCCUCCGCCGCACGCCGCCGCAUCAACGCCAUCCACUCCCAUCUCGUCACGUCUUCUCGCUCUUCCCCUCUCCUCCGCUCCAAUCCUACCGCCGGCGAAUUCUGUCUUGAUAAUGGCUUUAGUGUUGUGCUUCCCGAAAAACUGAAUACUGGCAAUUGGAAUGUCUACAGAUCUGCUCGAUCUCCGUUCAAGCUCGUUAGCAGAUUCCCAGAUCAUCCUGACAUCGCCACUCUCCAUGACAACUUUGAGCAUGCUGUUCAUGAUUUCCGGGAUUACAAAUAUUUAGGAACUCGCGUUCGCGUGGACGGAACAGUUGGAGACUACAAAUGGAUGACAUAUGGAGAAGCUGGUACAGCAAGAACUGCUCUAGGUUCUGGUUUAGUUCAUCACGGAAUCCCCAUGGGAUCUUCUGUUGGGAUUUACUUUAUCAAUCGCCCAGAGUGGCUCAUUGUUGAUCAUGCUUGCUCUUCUUAUUCGUAUGUCUCUGUUCCUUUGUAUGAUACUCUUGGCCCUGAUGCUGUAAAAUUUAUUGUCAAUCAUGCAACUGUGCAAGCCAUAUUUUGUGUGGCAGAGACUUUAAACUCUUUACUUAGCUGCUUGUCGGAGAUGCCAAGUGUACGCCUAGUGGUGGUUGUUGGAGGGUUGAAUGAAUCUUUGCCUUCGCUUCCCCCAUCCGAAGGAGUGAAAGUUGUAUCAUAUUCGGUGUUACUGAAUCAGGGUCGCAGUAAUCCUCAGCCGUUUCUUCCACCGAAACCCGAUGAUGUUGCAACCAUAUGCUAUACAAGCGGAACAACUGGGACCCCCAAGGGAGUCGUAUUGACUCAUGCAAACUUGAUUGCAAAUGUGGCUGGCUCCAGUUAUAGUGUGAAAUUUUUCUCCUCAGAUGUAUACAUUUCAUAUCUUCCGCUGGCACACAUUUACGAAAGAGCAAAUCAGAUCCUAACAGUGUACUUUGGAGUUGCUGUUGGAUUCUACCAAGGGGACAACCUGAAACUACUGGAUGAUUUGGCUGCUCUGAGACCUACUAUAUUCAGCAGCGUCCCUCGAUUAUACAACAGAAUAUAUGAUGGUAUCACUAAUGCAGUAAAAUCCUCUGGUGGGCUGAAGGAGAGGCUCUUUAAUGCUGCCUAUAAUGCAAAGAAGCAGGCGCUCUUGAAUGGAAAAAGUGCUUCUCCCAUAUGGGACAGAUUGGUCUUUAAUAAGAUAAAGGACAGACUUGGAGGAAGGGUUCGUUUCUUGACGUCUGGGGCUUCACCUCUGUCUCCUGAAGUGAUGGAAUUUUUGAAAAUAUGUUUUGGAGGAAGGGUAACAGAGGGAUAUGGAAUGACUGAAACAUCAUGUGUUAUAAGUGGUAUGGACGAGGGUGACAACCUCACCGGACAUGUUGGCUCUCCUAAUCCAGCCUGCGAAGUAAAACUUGUGGAUGUCACGGAAAUGAACUAUACAGCAACCGAUCACCCCCAUCCCCGCGGCGAAAUAUGCGUCAGGGGUCCUAUCAUUUUCAGAGGCUAUUACAAAGAUGAAGUUCAAACGAGAGAAGUGAUUGAUGAAGAUGGAUGGCUUCACACUGGAGAUAUAGGCCUGUGGCUUCCCGGAGGACGUCUAAAAAUUAUUGACAGGAAGAAGAACAUUUUCAAAUUGGCGCAAGGAGAGUAUAUAGCUCCAGAGAAAAUCGAAAACGUCUAUGCCAAAUGCAAAUUCGUAGGCCAAUGCUUCAUAUAUGGUGAUAGCUUUAAUUCAUCAUUGGUCGCUGUUGUAUCGGUUGAUCCAGAUGUGCUGAAAAGCUGGGCUGCUUUAGAAGGCAUUAAGCAUGGAGAUCUGAGAGAAUUGUGCAAUAACCCGAGAGUGAAAGCAGCAGUACUCGCUGACAUGGACUCUAUCGGAAGAGAAGCUCAGUUGAGAGGCUUUGAGUUUGCAAAGGCUGUGACAUUGGUGUUGGAGCCAUUUACGUUGGAAAAUGGCUUGUUGACUCCAACAUUCAAGAUUAAGAGACCACAGGCAAAGGAAUAUUUCGCAGAAGCUAUAACAAACAUGUACAAGGAGCUUGCUGCUUCUGAUCCCACUGCUAAUAAAGCUUUGUGA